ACGGAAACCAAUUUUUACGCAGAUUAUGUUGUGAUAUUCAGCUGUAUCAUGCAUUUCAUAUUGGUAAUAUGGAUUGUCGUGUUUUCGCCGAGUGUGAAAAGUCAAUUGACCCCGAGUGACAGUUACAGCCAUUCUACAAUGUUGCAAUCUGGGAAAAUUUUAUUAUAUUGGAAAUAUACUGACAGCCAAAUUACUUUUGAAGUAAUCGGUCAAACAACUGGAUGGAUUGGAAUCGGGUUUUCUUCUAACGGUGCAAUGACGGCAUCGGAUAUUGUAGUAGGAUGGGUGAAAAACGGUGCAGUAACAGUCACGGAUAGGCACGGAGGUUCAUCCAAUACAUACCCACCUAUUGAUCCCCAACAAAAUAUCGAAGUUCUGGGAGGAAAAGAAUUAGACGGAUGGACAAUGAUUAAAUUUUCACGUCAAAUUGCUGCUUGUGAAGAAGAAUACGAUCGAGAAAUUUCGACAAACACAGAACGACUUAUAUGGGCUUGUGGAAAUACUGAUCCAACCGGAGACGACCUUGUUUCUGGUGAUUAUCACAAUACUGACAGAGGUGUGGAAAGUAUUUACUUUUUCGAACCAUCGACAAAUUUUGCUGAUCUUCCAACUGGACCUACCUACGAUACUUUCGAUGUGCUUGCAUCAAAUUUUCUUAUUCCAGCAGAACGCACAUACUACAAUUGUAUAUUAUACAAACUUCCUGAUUUUGGUGGAAAACAACAUAUUGUAAAGUGGGAACCUGUGAUUCAGUUUGGAAAUGAACCUUACCUUCAUCACAUGCUCAUUUAUAGAUGUGGCGAUAUCAUGGAGAACGAGUCUGAACUGGCAAAGGACGAUCGGUGCUAUUCCCCAAAUAUGGCUCAUUUUGAUACGUGUACGACCAUUGUUUUUGAAUGGCUAUUAGGAGCUGGGGCGAUGACGUUUCCAGCAGAAGCGGGUUUUCCAGUCGGUGGACCAGGAGAUCCGGUUUAUGUACAAUUGGAAAUUCACUAUAACAACCCUAACGUGGUCGCAGGAGUUUGCGACAAUUCAGGAUAUCGGUUUACAUAUACGCCUACUCUUCGAAAAUAUGAUGUUGGCGUUCUUCAAAUCGGGAAUUAUGUCAAUCCAAAAGAACAUUUCAUACCCCCCGGAGCUGAGAGCUUCAAAAGUAUAGCACACUGUACAAACGAAUGUGUUAAAUCUAGAAUGUCAGUAUCCGAGACAGACCACGUUACAGCUUUCAGUGUUGUUCUUCACUCUCAUGAAGCCGGGAGAAAAAUGAGACUACGCCACCUCAGAAAUGGAACUGAACUUCCGUACCUAGCCAGUGAUGAAAACUAUGAUUUCAAUUACCAAGAAGCAGAUAUCUAAAUCCAAGUGUUAGUCUCCAAGUACAGACAAUUUCCAACUGGAAUGCGAUUACAAUACGGAGGGACGAUUUGCAAUCACAGAGGCAGGACUAGGCGUACGAGAGGAGAUGUGUCUUGCAUUUAUUUCGUAUUAUCCGAAGAUAGAUUUGAGCUUUUGUCAAUCUUCAGUUACAAUGUAUGCUUCUUGGCAAUACCUCGGCAUUGACAUGACAAAAGUGAACAAAGUUGAAAACACUCCCGGCGCCAUCCUUUCGCAUUUUCAACUUACAGGACCAAGCAACGUGGCUGGAAAAACCGUAUUUGAAUAUAUGAAUGAACUAAACUGGUCGCAGCAAAAGAUUGAAGAUUUUGAAAGUUUUUACAAUGCCGCUCAACAUCACGGAUUUUGCAUUCCCAGUAAUGUCAGCGAGACGACCGUUACGCCCUUCGAACCUAUCAGUAUCGAAACUCCAUACGUCUCUCCACGAAAGGAAUGCCUGGUUGGGUCACCAACGCCUUCACCUCAGACCACGAGUCACGGACAUAAGACGACAUCUUCUGCAAUUAUUCUUUUGGGGAUUCUAGCUCUUAUAUUUAUGCUUAUCGUCUAAGUUUUUUUUUCCAAAUGUGUCGAGCAUUAAAAUACACCUAUAACA